AUGUCGUCUCUCAUCGCCCCAUCCCAGCUCCUCCACCCGGCGGUCCCGAAACACAUAACCUUCCUCGAGUUCUUCAACGUCGUCCGCGCCACCGCGACCCCGCGCUUCCCGCACGCCCGCGUCGUCCAGCCGCGCCGCAUCGCCCUCGCCGUCUCCGGCGGCCUCGACUCCAUGGCCCUCGCCGCGCUCUUCAACCAGCUGCGCGAGGUCAACCCCCUCAUGCGCAUCGCAGACAACCCCCUCUCCAAAAUCACCGCCGUCAUCGUCGACCACGGCCUGCGCCCCGAGUCCGCCGACGAGGCCCAGGCCGUCGCCAAGGAGCUCCGCGCCCUGCGCCACAUCCAGCCCGUCGUCGAGACCGUCGUCUGGAAACAGCUCGGCGUCGAGGGCGACCCGGCGCAGGCCCCGAACCUCGAGAGCCUGGCGCGCAGGGCCCGCUACCGCGCCAUCGGCAAGGUCUGCCGCGACCGCCACAUCGAGAGCGUGUUCCUGGCGCACCACGAGGACGACAACUACGAAACCGUCCUCAUGCGCCUGCUCGCCGGCCACGGCUCCCGCGGGCUGCGCGGGAUUGCACCGCAGGCGCCCAUACCAGAGUGCGGCGACAUCCACGGCGUCCACGAGUCCGGCCACGUCGACGACCAGGCGCUGCGCAUGCCGAUGGUCUCCUUCCGCCCGUCGAAGCGCGACUGGCACCACGUCCGCGCCGAGCUGCACUCCGAGCUCGACCUCGCCCUCUCCGCCGCCGAGCUGCGCGCCGGGCUGCAGCUCGGCUGGCACGAGACGCCGUACGCGGAGCAGGACCCCGUCGCGGCCACGGCCUCCGCGAAAGCCAGGGCCAGGGCGGCAAGCAGCAUCCGCAACCUCGCGCGCAUACCCAUCGAGGACGCCGGCGUGAUGAUCUACCGCCCGCUGCUGGGGUUCAGCAAGGACCGGCUGCGCGCGACGUGCGAGCGGCACAACAUCCGCUGGUUCGAGGACCGCACGAACGCCGACCCGACGCUGACGCUGCGCAACGCGGUGCGGCACAUGGUCAAGGGGCACGCGCUCCCGCGGGCGCUGCGGAAGGAGAAUGUGCUGCGGCUGUCGGCAAGAUGCGACGCGCGGAUCCGCGCGCAGGAGGCCGAGGCGGAGCGGUGGGUGCUGCGCGCCGUGGAGGGCGACUUUGAGCCGAACGUGGGCACCCUCGUCGUCAGCCUCCCGUCCAUGGCCGUGCCGCCCCCGAGACGGAGACAUGCCGCCAAGGCGAGACGCGAGAUGCGCAUAUCCCACCGCCGGACCAUCGCCGCCCUCAUCGUCCGCCGCCUGCUCUCCUUCGUCUCCCCAGACAAACAAUACGCCCAGCUCUCCUCCCUCCAAACCGUCGUCGCGCGCCUCUUCCCCGCCCUCUACCCCUCCCCCUCCCCCUCUCCGCGGAAGUCAUUCAACCACGCCGCAGUCCUCUUCCUCCCCGUCCCAGGCCCCUCGUCCCCUUCAAAAUGGUACCUCGUCCGCGAGCCCUACCCCUCCCUGCAACCGCUCCCGGCCGUGACCCAAGUCACAACCAGCGCCGGCGUCAACCGCAACUUCCCGCAGUUCCCGCCCGGCCCUCGCCCGGGGUGCACCUGGAUCGACGCCAACGGGCACGCCACAACGCUCCCCGCCAACGGCCUCACGCAGCUCGAGUUCCUGCACCAGCUGCACCGCGAGCCCCUGCCCGUCCCCGCGCACGCCGGACCGGGCUGGCACAAAUGGCGCCGCUUCCAGCUCUGGGACGGCCGCUUCUGGGUCCGCGUGCGCGGGCGCGUGCGCUCUGUCUUCAGGGUGCUGCCCUUCUCCGCGCAGCACGCCAAGGCCUUCCGCGAGAGUUUGGGGAGUGAUGAGGAGCGCGUGAGGUUGGAGGGCACGCUGAAGCGAUUCGCGCCGGGGAAGGUGCGGUAUACCCUGCCCGCGCUGUAUGCGGUCAACCGGGACGAAGAUACGGGGCAGGAGGUACUGAGGAUGCUGGCGCUGCCGACGCUGGGCGUGCAUUUACCGGGGAUGGAGCGCUGGGUCAAGGUUGAGGCGAGGUAUCGAAGGGUGGAGUGGGGGUUGUUGGAUAAAGGGGACGAGGAGCGGUUCCGGGGGCUUGUGGAGGACGAGAAGCCGCGCAGACGAAGGACGACGAGGAGGAGGAAGAGGGUGGCGGCGUCAGGGCCGAUGGAUAUGGAGUUUGGGAGGGAGGCUGUUGCAAAAAAUGAUACCCCCUUUGCGCGAGUGCGUGACUGA